AUGCCAGCCGGCGCCCUUGGUUGGCUGAGUGGCUUGCUGGCUGGUGCUUGCUUUUUGCUCCAUGAGUUCGAGCGAAGGACGGAGUGCGGAAUUAAAUGGGUCUGGGUCGGGACGGGCGAACAAAACAGACGAGUUGGUCCUUUUGGCAUUUUUGAGACGAUCGAGGACCUUCCUGAGCCCUAUGAUGGAGGGUUCGACAGCCGCUUUGCUUCUGUAUCAACCCCUGAAAGACAAUGCGCCCUUUGGAUAUCGAAACCUCCUGCCUUCCUCUGCCAGCUUGUCGCGUUUCUCAACCAGCGUCGAGAAGACGAAGAAAAUGCCAGAGAAAGACCCGGGAUUCUGUUCCUUUAG